CAUUUAAUUUCAUCGUAACGAACAUAACCUCAAAUUAAACGUCAAAAAGUCGUGCUGUCUUUAAAUCUGUUAAUGCGUUAUUUUUACACCUUAAAGUUAGUAAAACCACGAAAGUAAUGCUCCCUUUUUGUCCAAUAUGUGGUAAUUUAAUGUACGUUCAAGAAGGGGCACAAUAUCGACUACAAAUUGCGUGCAGUACCUGCCCAAUAAUUCAAAACAUCAGUAAAACAAUCGUCAGUUCGACUUAUUACAAGAAAAAGGAAAUUGAUGAUAUAAUCGGUGGAGAAGAAGCUUGGAAGAACGUUGAUUCAACCGACAUAACAUGUCCAAAGUGUAGCCACGGAAGGGCUUAUUUUAUGCAAGUUCAAACCCGCUCAGCUGAUGAACCUAUGACAACAUUCUAUAGGUGUUGUAAUCAAGAGUGUUCGCACAAUUGGAGGGAUUAAACAUGAGAAGUACAACAUUUUUGUAUAAUUUAAUUAAAAGCGUCGAUUUAAAUUUAAAAUUAAAAAUGGCGCAAAUAGUUUCCGUUAAUGAUAUUGAUGCUGUUCAAACGGCGAUAGAAAUUUUAAAAUCGGGUGAAGUAAUCGCUUUACCGACUGAUACAGUUUAUGGUUUAGCUUGUUGUGCCACAAACAUUGAAGCCGUUAAUAAACUGUACGAAAUUAAAGCUCGAAACGAAAAUAAACCUGUCGCAAUUUGCGUUGGACGUGAAAAAGAUGUUAAAAAAUGGGCGGAAGUUUCACAUUUACCAAGUGGAUUAUUAAAAUCAUUACUUCCCGGUCCGGUUACGUUAGUUUUAAAUUGUGCUAGAAAACUAGAUAAAUCCUUAAAUUUCGAUGGAAAAAUCGGCGUUAGAAUCCCUGAUUACGAUUUUAUUAGGAACGUUUGUGACGGAUUAAAUUCGCCAAUUGCUUUAACAAGCGCUAAUUUUAGUGGGGAUCCUAGUUCGGUGAGGAUUGAGGAGUUUAAAGGUUUAUGGGCGAAAAUAGGGGGGAUUUUUGAUGGAGGGAUUUUAGGUGUUGGUGAUUCAAAUCGCGGCGCAUCUACAGUUGUUGAUUUAUCUAAAGUAGGUUAUUUUAAAAUUAUGAGGAAUGGUAUUGCAUUUGAAAGUACCCGUAAAAUAUUAAUUGAUUAUGGAAUCGAUGAUUGUACGGUUAAAUAAGGUGUUUUUUAGUUUAAUUGAUUAAAAAAAUUAAAUAUAAAAGCAAUAAAGUAAAGGAGAUUAAUUUUA